AUCCAGUCCAAACCGGUUUAAAGUGAAAGUAAAAUGCACAGCAGCGUCUGUUUUGUGACGAGAACAUCAUGCAGAACGUUUGGACAGACGGCACAGACAGCACAGAUUAGAUAUAAUCUGAAGGAGGAGCCAUGACCUCCAGAAUGAGCUUCUCUGAGGAACAGGACUCACAGAAAGCUGAGAAAGUGGUUCAGAGUCAGAGAUCUGACUCACCUGAACCCAGCUGUGCGUCCAUGAAGAGUGACCAGUCAAUGGGCAAAGCAGAAAACUUCAGAGAGGACAAGAGUUUUACUGAGCUCAGUCUGAUGAUGAGACCAGACUCAUAUGACCCCAGCUGUGUGUCCAUGAAGAGCGAUUGUUCAAUGGACCCUCCAUUAACACUCAGAGAGGGGGACAGUUCUACGGAGCGGAGAGUCCAGAAGGAGAACUCUGAUAUUACCAAGAGACACAUGGAGAUCAUAUUCAAGAGCCACCUGUGAAGAUCCUGAAAUUUACAGAUGACACCACUGUGGUGGGCCUCAUAGCCAACAGGGAUGAGUCUCUCUACAGAAAGGAAGUCGAGCAGCUGGCCUAGCACUGUCAGAGAAGGGGUGCUGAAGAUCACACUGACUGUCCUGAGGAACAUGAACCAGACUGACCUUGCUAAUACACUACAGAACAAACUGGCUCCUUCUUGUCAUCAAAAGCUGAAAUCAACACUGAAGGAAAAGUUUCAGAAAAUUACUGAAGGAAUCGCACAGCAUGGAAUCUCAACCUUUCUGAAUGAGAUCUACACAGAGCUCUAUAUCACAGAGGGAGGGAGUGGAGAGGUCAAUAAUGAACAUGAGACCAGACAGAUUGAGACAGCAUCCAGGAGACCAGCAACACAGGAGACGCCCAUCAAAUGCAACAAUAUAUUUAAAGAUAAUUCCAUCAGAACUGUGCUGACUAAAGGAGUGGCAGGAAUUGGAAAAACUGUCUCUGUCCAGAAGUUCAUUCUGGACUGGGCUGAAGGAAAAGCAAAUCAUGACAUCCUCUUCAUGUUUCCACUUCCUUUUAGAGAGCUGAAUUUGAUGAAAGAGAAAAAGCUCAGUCUGGUGGAACUACUUCAUAUUUUUUUUUCAGACACAAACAAAUUAAAACUAAGACACUAUUAUGACUACAAAGUGAUGUUCAUCUUAGAUGGUCUGGAUGAGUGUCGACUUCCACUAGAUUUCAGGAAAAAUGAGAACUUAUCUGAUGUAACACAGUCAGCCUCAGUGGAUGUGCUGCUGACAAACCUCAUCAAGGGCAAUCUACUUCCCUCUGCUCUCCUCUGGAUAACUACUCGACCAGCAGCAGCCAACCAGAUCCCUCCUGUGUGUGUUGACCAGGUAACAGAGGUACGAGGGUUCAGUGACCCUCAGAAAGAGGAGUACUUCAGGAAAAGAAUCAGUGACCAGAACCUCGCUGAAAAAAUCAUUACACACAUGAAGUCCAAAAGAAGCCUCUACAUCAUGUGCCACAUCCCAGUCUUCUGUUGGAUUGCAGCCACUGUUCUAGAGAGGAUGUUGGGUGAAGCAGAGAGUGGAGAGAUCCCCAAGACUCUGACUCAAAUGUUCACCCACUUCCUGAUCUUUCAGAUCAAACACAAAGACCAAAAGUACCAUGGAAAAUGUGACACUGAUUUUAACCAGACUAGAAAGAGUAUUCUGGCACUGGGAAAGCUGGCUUUCCAACAGCUGGAAAAAGGAAACCUGAUCUUCUAUGAGGAAGACUUGAGAGGGUGUGGCAUUGAUGUCAGAGAAGUGUCAGUGUGCUCAGGAGUUUGUACCCAGAUCUUUAGAGAGGAGUUUGGGCUGCACCUGGGGAAGGUGUUCAGCUUUGUGCACCUGAGUGUUCAAGAGUUUCUGGCUGCUUUGUAUGCAUUUAUUUCCUUCAUCUCCAACAACAGUAAUGUUCUCCUACGAGGAUUUUAUGGUUUCUUCAGAAAGUCCACAAUGUUUGACUUCCUCAAGUGUGCAGUGGACAAGACCUUACAGAGAGAGAAUGGACACCUGGACCUUUUCCUCCGCUUCCUUCUGGGACUCUCACUGGAGUCCAAUCAGACUCUCUUACAAGGCCUACUGACACAGACAGGAAGCAGCUCUCAGAGUAAAGAAGAAACAGCACAGUACAUCAAGGAGAAGAUCAGGGAGAAUCCCUCUCCAGAGACAACAAUUAAUCUGUUCCACUGUCUGAAUGAACUGAAUGACCAUUCUCUGGUUCAGGAAGUCCAAACAUACCUGAACAAAGGAGGUUCCAGUGAUCUCUGUAGAGCUAUGCUCUCUCCUGCUCAGUGGUCAGCUGUGGCGUUUGUAAUGCUGAAUUCAGAAGAAGAUCUGGAUGAGUUUGACCUGAGGAAAUAUGGCUUAUUAGAGGAGGAUCUUCUGAGGCUGCUGCCAGUGGUAAAAGUGUCCAGAAAAGCUAUACUGGCUGGCUGUAAACUCACCACAGUGUCUUGUGAAAAAAUAUUACCAGUUCUACAAUCAGUAAACUCCUCCCUGAAAGAGCUGGACCUCAGUAACAAUGACCUGCAGGAUUCAGGAGUGGAGCUGCUCUCUACUGGACUGAAGAGUUCACACUGUAAACUGGAGACACUCAGAUUGUCUGGUUGCAUGGUUACAGAUAAAGGUUGUUCUUCUCUGGCGUCAGCACUGGAAUCAAACCCCUCCCAUCUGAGAGAACUGGAUCUGACCUAUAAUUACCCAGGAGAGUCUGGAUUGAAGCUGCUGUCUGAUCUACUGGAGGAUUCACACUGUGCAUUGGAGAAAUUACAUGUGGAACAUGGAGGGAAGGUCUGGAUGAAACCAGGAGGACUGAAGAAAUAUGCGUGUGAUCUUACUCUGGAUCCAGUCACAGUGAACGAUCGUCUCUCUCUGUCUGAGAAGAACAAAAGGGUGGACUUUGUGGCAAUAAAUCAGUGUCAUGGGUGGAAUCGCGAGAGGUUUCGUUUUAAGGAGCAAGUUCUGAGUGUGGAGAGUCUGACUGGACGCUGUUACUGGGAGGUUCAAUGGAUUGGGAGGGAGGUUGAAAUAUCAGUAUCAUACAAAGGAAUCUGCAGGGAAGGACAUGAUAAUGACUGUAGGUUUGGAUACAAUAAUCUCUCCUGGAGUCUGUACUGUUUUGGUGACAGUUACACUGUCUUGCACAAUAAACAGAAAACUGACCUACCUUACCAGCCCUUCGGCUUUGACAGAGUAGGAGUGUAUCUGGACUGGGAGUCCGGCACUCUGUCCUUCUACAGAGUCUCACCUAAAACACACACACUGACCCACCUAUACACAUUCACCACCACAUUCACUGAACCACUCUACUUUGGGAUUGGGCUUAAUUAUAUAACCUCCUUUGCUCGUCUGUGCGAGCUAGAAUAACUGAGAGAGAGAGAGAGAGAGAGAGAGAGCGAGUGAGUGAGAGUGUCAGUCAGUCAGUCAGUCAGUCCACUCAUGGUUGCUUGUUUUUUUAAAAAUGUUUUUUUAUCAGUUUGAUCCCACCUUGAAAAUGUAAGGUAAGUCAAAACUUUUAGUGGUAAAAGUAUUCAAAAUAAAAAAAGACAAUAUAUAAAUAAACUGUCUUUAUCUCUAACUUUUUUGAGAAAGAGUGUCUUACUGACAGUGUUUCUAUAAAAACAAGUGAAGUAAACAGUGAUAUGUAAAUGAAAGGUAAGUAUAUUUAUAAGGUUAAUGUAUGUCACUGUUGCCCCACCACCCAGGUUCCACCUCCUUUUAUUUCUCAGCUGGGUACACACAUUUCUCAGAACAUAAGACAUAUUUCACA